UUCUCACACAACAAUGGCGUCUUCAACACUGUUUAUCGCUCUUCAAUGCUUCAAUUGCUCCACCAUGCAGGUAAAGCAAAAGAAGAAAAGCAGCAACAAAUGGAACUGCGUUGUGUGCAAUCAAAACAAUCUGUUCGCAAAAUCUUCGCUCAAGGUUACAAAGCUAAGGACAUUCGCUCUUUCGUUCAAUCCGUCAAUAUGUCCAGAAAGUCCAUUGAAGAAGAUGAUCAACAGCAGUGGCUCCUCGCCGGAACCCUAAAUCCUACACCAGAGGAACAUGUUCGCGGAGAAUAUGAAUUUCCAGCUGAUUUCAACAAUAAGAAGAACUGUACUACUGAUUGGAGUGUGUAUCUCGAUAAUGACGAUCAUCGUGCUACUGAGAGAGACGAACAACAACAACAUGAAGAUGACUUUGAGCCAUUGGUCGUGACUGAGUUGCCCAAUGGCAUGCUCAAGAAGCGCAAAUCGGUGGAUAAUUCAACUCCAAGAUGUGGCAGGCGUUUUAAAAGCCCACUGUUCCAAAACUCUGAAGAUGCAGGAGAGCCAGUAAAAGAUCAGAGAAGAAUCACAGUAUUGACUGAAAGCAAUUCACAGAGAAAUAGUAUAGUUACAUCAGCUAAUCAGAGGACUCAGAAAUGCAAACAAGCAAUCAACACUUCAACCUCCAAAUGGAAUGAUUACUUAGCUGAGGACAACUUAGAACAUGGAUACAAUAAGAGAGGCUUCAACUUCAAGACACUUCAGGUUCAUGGAACAGCAAUGACAUCUUAG